GAGAGAGAGAGGGAGAGAGUGGGGGUGGCGCUGCAUGGUCGAGCAAACAGGUGUAUCCAAACAGGUAGAGCUGCGCCUUUUUCCUUUUCUCUUAGGGACAAACAUUAUGGCGUGUUCUUCACCAACCAACACUUAACCAGACUGAAAGGAUAUUACCAUUCUCACAAGGACCGCGUGUGAACUGCUACAACUUUGAUAGGUUUGUCCAGGGGAAGACUUCGGAGAGGAGCUGGUCCCCAGAGACAGAAAAGGGAUGGUCCAGCAGCACCAGGCAUGAGACAACCCCAGUGCUCCAUGCAGGCCUGUCUCUUAGGACUUUACUCUCUGGACUGAUUGUCCCAACUUUUCCUUUAUUUAUCACUACCUACCUGGGAUAAUGACACCUCUGCUGAACAGACCCUCCCUCUGUCUCCUUGUCCUCCGGAUCUUUGUGACGCAGGGAGUGUUUGUCGAGCUGCCCCCGAAAAAAGGCAUACAAUCCCUGGCCGAGAAGGAGACCGUCCUGCCCUGUCGCUACCAGCCAAUCGACCCCGCCGUGGUGGUGGUGCAGGUCACCUGGUAUAAGGAGAAACCCGGUGCCAGGAAGGAACAGAUCAUCACCGCACACCACACGAACGGACAGACCGCGUUUGGGUCGUGGUCUCGACACGUGCACUUCAGAAGCAACGAGCCCACGGUGGACUCGUCCCUGGUUUUCAGGAGCACGGAGGUCUCAGAUGAGGGGAAGUACAUCUGCCACAUCAUCACCUUCCCCUCUGGCAACUUCGACAGUGUGAUGUCACUCAUCGUAUGGACCAUUCCCAUCUCCUCCCUGGACCCUGUGAUCAUGGUGGAGGGUCAGCCCUACGGACAGGCCGCGUCCUGCCGCUCUAUAGCCCGCCCGCCUCCCCGCAUCUCCUGGGAGAGCGCCCUGAACGGCCAGUCCACCAACCGCACCAUGGACAACGGGGCGGUCACCUCGCACUACUCCCUGCACCCACUGAGGAGCAUGAACGGCAUGAAGCUGGACUGUCUGGUGUGGCACCCGACUUCCCCGAAGCCCCGCAGGCUCAGCAACGACCUGGUAGUUCACUUCCCGCCGCAUGCAGAGGUGUCUGGCUACAGUAGAGACUGGUUCAUCGGUCUGGAGAACGCUGCCCUGAGGUGUGUGAGCGGAGGAAACCCCAAACCGAGUAUCACCUGGAUCAGAGUGGGCAAAGAGUUGCCGGAAGGUGUGAUCCCCCACCCUAACGGAACACUCGUUUUUGGGCGACCCCUGAGCUCGUCCGACGAAGGCACCUACCAGUGUGUGGCGGAGAAUGAAGUGACAACGGGGAAGGCGGAGGUGGAUAUUGCUGUGUCAGAAUCUCGCCCGGACCCGAAAAUGCCAGAAGAAAUGCUGAUGCUCAUCGUGGGGGGUGUGGCUGGCGGGCUGCUGCUCCUGAUGCUCGUCAUCGUCGUCACAGUCACGUGUCACCACAGACGCAAGAGCACCAAACUGAAGAAGGAGCUGACUGAGAAGAAGGAGGAAAUCAGCACCCUCUCCAGAAAUGCCUCUAUCAGGAGGAUGAACUCCGUCAGCACAGAUACCAGAGGAGCGACGGAGGAGAACAUCCCUCUGAGGGUGGAGGGGACCCUGAGGACCAGCUCAUCCUCCCUCGGGGAGCAAGGCCACUACCGCGACAGCCGCUCUACAAUCUCAGGUGGGCGAGCAGGAGGGGGAGCGUACGACUACCUGGGCAGACCAGUCCUGAACAACAACUCGCGUAGGGGGAGAGACAGGCUCCUGGACAGAGACGAGGAAAACCGACUCCGAGUGGAGACGUAUGUGAGAAACAGCACCAUAUCUUUGCAGGAAACUCGUUUCCACCCUCCUCUAACGCCGACAUCCUUCCCCAUCGUCCAGUCCACGGAGACUGUGCGACAGCUGAACGGCAGCACUGUCAUGCCAACGGACGGCGGGGGUUCGCGGCCGGGAAGCGUCACCAAAACCCACCAGCACCCUCCAAUGAGCUGCACCUAUCCACCGGUGACAGACGAUGAGGAUGAGGUGGACGAAGGUUUGGGGGGUCCAGCCAGCCAGGAGCAUCCCGACGACCAAGACAGUGAGACCAACAGCUCCCACGUGUCCGAGGCCCACAGCCCCCGCUAUCAGCAGACUAAUGGCACUUUGAGACCCAAGCCCCGGCCGAGCCCCACUGCGAUCGGUCCCCAUGCCUCCCUGAUCCACAAGGCUCAGAUAGUGUAGCUGGAGGCCGGAAAAUAACAGCAGUCUUGGAGGCGGUCAGAAUGAGGAUACCCAGGGGUCACCGGAAAAACAGUUUGUGUUCGAUUAUGAAAAACUUGCACCUUGACUAUAAUGCUGCAUCUUCUUCAUUCCGUGGGAUAAUGGUGCAAUAGAACAAAAUGUCCUACCAAAGUGUCUGCUGUAUGGAUUUCUGACAUGUGCCGGGCUUUUGUUGACCAGCGCUGUGUCGUCUGUUCCCCCACAUUACUGCCACAAACAAAGACAUGGUCGCAAUAUUUCCAGUUGGACUGCAUUAAUAUAGUCUUCUCAACCUUUUUAGCUCAUAAACUACAGGUCACAUUCUCCCGUAUUCAUAGAAAGCUUGUGCUACUCAUUCAGACACACACCGAUGCUACAUUGGGGCAAUUACAGUUCUGUAUCUUGCUCAAGGACACUUUGAAGAGCUGGGGAUUGAACCACCGACCCUCGGAUUAGUGAACCCGCUCCACCUCCUGACAGCUGUUUCCUGUGACUAACAGGUGAAUGCAACUGACGUACCUUCGGUGCAGCAGAAAAUCAGGAAAUGCAGGAGAAGGCUUUGUUGGUACAUAAAACAAGUAGAUUACAACACCAAGGGUGGAUUUUUGCUUUAGUGUUAUUCAGUUCCUGUGCCUGUGUUACGUUCCCUUACGCAACAUGUUUUAGGAUCUGAUCCAAACCAUUGGAUUGUUACUGUCUCGCCACACCUACAACAUGCAUACCAUUGUGCCAUAUUGUCUCUCUGCCCUCGAGCCUUCGCCUUAAGCACCGAGACGGUUUGGAUCAGAUAAAGACGUUAUACAACCAAGACUUAACCAUGUAGUAAUUUGGCAAAGAGUAAAUCAUAUCUAUGUGUAAAUCAAUAUACCAAUGAUUUCCUUUUUUCAAAGCUUUUUUAAAGUAUUUUUUUAUAACAGAAUGAAUUUAACGCAACACUUUGUAACUUUGACUGAGCAACAGCGCCCUCUGCAGCCACGCAUGAUAACUUAUUCUGUUGGGCUCAAUUCUUUGAAUAUGUUGAGUUGAGCUCUGACAGCUCUGAACUGAAACGCAACUGAAAGAUAAUCCCCGGCUUCCUGAACAAAAAGAGCUGCUGCUCUAACAAAUACACCAAACACUGUUUAAAAUUACUAAUAUUUCAAGUGUCCUCACUGAAUAUUGGAGAUAUUGGAGCAAGAAAAGACAUUCAGGGUGAGGACUGAAAUGAAAGAAACACCAUUAAACUAUCUUUGACGCUGCUGUUGCACAGUGUUGCUUUAAGUUGUAUUUUGAGAACAAUCAUUACUAAUAUACAGUAAAUAAGUAUAUUAACACAUUCAAUAUACAGUAUGUAUCCUCUGUUUGCUACAUGUCCCCCAAUCACACACAUAAAGUAGAUACAUAAUUGUAACCGGGAAAAAUGCUGAAAUACUAUAUUUCAUACAUAUUAUACAUGUACAUACCAACAAAAUAAAUUAAAUAUAUGUUACCUAUAUGUGCACCCUCAUGGAUGCACACACAUGCAAAGGUGAUGACAGCUGGAAAACCUGUGAAAUAUUUGUAUAAUACAUUUUAAUCGAUUUUUUUUUACAUUUCUGUAUUGCUUGAAAUGCUAAUCUGGACUCACUAAAGAAUAUUUUGUGUACAUCUUGUACAGCAUAAAGUUCUUUCUGUCUACCGGAGGUUGACAGGACGAUAUCUCUCCAAGAGGAAUUUUACAUGAACUGUUUUUGAUAUUGUACAACCAAACAUGUGUUGAUUAUCCGUGGACUACUUUUUUACAUGUAUAUAUCUAUGUGCGUGUUUGUAUUCUGACUAUUGUUGGGUUCUGUUACAGCCCUGAAACGGGAAGCAAUGUGCCAAAGGGAAGAUAUAAAAACAUUUACUUUUGCUCUUUUUUUGUUGUUGCAAAUAUGAAGUAUUAUUUUAAUGUGUGUUUAAUAUGUUGUGUUAUGCUGUCGUCUCUAAAUACAACUUUUUCUAUGACAAAUAUCAGAAAAAAAUAUAUAUCUAAGUUACAAAUGUUGGGUUCAAAAUAUGCUCGACCAGUUUGUGGCAAACAUAGUGUGCCAUAUCAUCCAGUAGCACCCAACAGGUAAUUGUAUUAAGUUUAACAUAAGCUGUAUUUGUUGUAGACAGUGCCCCCUGGUGUGUACUGCUGGAAGGUGCAUGGACCUGGAUAAGCCUAUAAACUAAAUCUGCAUUCCACUGUGAUUUAGGGAAAAAAAACUGCCUUGCUUUUCAUUCAUUUUAAGGGUUUUCUGUGGUUGUCAGCUUUUAUUGAUGGGUUGAAAUAAAUGUGCUUGCUUUUUCUAAAAGGACACUGAAACUUAAA